CUAUUUUCGUCUGCACUUGAUUGAAGUUUUAACAAUAACAAUGGGAAAAUAACCUAUAAAACUACAAAAAUAAUUUCAAAAUGCGAUUUACAGUACUCUUUCGUAUCCCAAAAACAUUAUUAUCAUCCCACGCUGUACGUAAUUACUCCGAAUAUGUGCCAAAAGCCCUGAGAAGCUUAAAACCAAAGUCUACUCGUAACACAGUACAGUAUUACGUUGAUUCGUGCCGAGUGAGGACCGUAGCGGGCAAUGGGGGAGACGGCUGCAUCUCCUUCCUCAGCGUGUGGUGCAACGACCAGGCCGGACCCGACGGAGGGGAUGGGGGGCACGGCGGACAUGUUAUUUUCCAGGCGACACACUCAAAGAAAAGCUUAAACCACUGCAAGUCAGUGAUCCAGGCCAAGCACGGUGAGAAAGGAAAUCACAAGGACUGCACCGGGAAGAACGCCGCCCAUAUUGUUGUGGAGGUGCCUCUAGGCACGAUAAUCCGGGACAGCUCGGGCCGCGUGGUGGGCGACCUGCAGCAAGAGGGAACAAUGUUUGUUGCGGCGCGGGGGGGCUGCGGGGGCCGCGGAAACAAGUUCUUCCUCACGGACACUGAGCAGGCGCCCAUGGUGGCGGAGUGCGGCGCGGACGGCGAGAGCUGCCACUACUCGCUGGAGGUGCGGUCGAUGGCGCACCUGGGCCUCAUCGGCUUCCCCAACGCGGGCAAGAGCACGUUGCUGCGUGCAGUGAGCCGCGCGCGCCCCGCCGUGGCGCCCUACCCCUUCACCACGCUACGCCCGCACGUCGGCAUGAUUCCGUAUGACGACUACGAGCAAGUGGCCAUCGCGGACUUGCCCGGGCUGAUCCCCGGAUCGCACAAGAACUACGGGCUGGGUAUACAAUUCCUCAAACACGCGGAAAGAUGUCGGGGCCUGAUAUUCCUCCUGGACGGCACCAACGACCCGCGGGGGCAAUACCGCUCCCUGUCGCACGAGCUGGCGCACUACAGCGAGCAGUUGGCACAGCGCCCGCGAUGCGUCGUGCUCAACAAGACUGACGUGGCGGGCGUGCACCACGUGCUGGCGGACCUCCGGAAGACCAUGGACGUGGUGGGCAUUUCCGCUAAGACGGGCAGCAACCUGGGAGAACUGCUGAAGGUCAUUCGCAGGAUGUAUGAUGAGGAAGACGACGCGGUUGACUAAUAAAUGUAUUCUAGUAUUAAAAA